CGAGCUCGCCAACCCAAUCCAAGGGCAUAAACAAAGCCCCCCUCCGCAGCCCAAGGAAUCGAUUCCCCAAUCGAUCGAUCGCCCGCUUUUGAUUUACCGCCCCCCGCACUGACACCCUCUUUCGAUCGCCUUUCGCCACAUGAUCCGCCGUGCUUUUCCUCCGCCAGCGGCGGCUCAUCGCCAUGAAAGAGCCCAAGAAAAGGUAAAGAGCCCAAGAAAAGGUCAUCAGACGCAGCCGCUUCCCUCUGAAACAGCUGCAGCAGGGUUUUAGGGGUAGCUUGAUAGAGGUUUAGCUGAUCGAUUCUGUCGACGACCCUCGAUCGUAUACCUUCCUUCUCGCCGGGGUCACCGCCGACGCGGCUUUGCUUCCGGCGGGCUUUGCCGCGAUCCCCCGCUGCAGGCAGCAAGCGCAGCAGGGCCACGGCCAUCGUCGGUCGAGCAUACGCUUCCCUGCCUGGGCAAAAGAUGUUCUUGCAUACGUGCUGGGCUUCUAGCUAGGUGUCAUAUAAGUGCCUCUCGCCAUUGCCACUGAGACGACCUUGUGCUGCGGCCUGCAGUAGACGAGCUUCAGAAGUUUUUACACCUGUCGAUCGGAGCAGCAGUAAGUGGAAAAAUGAUGAUGGAAUUUUAUGCAGUUUGUUCAUGGAUUUCCUUUCGUUUUUCUUUCCUGAUCGAUCGAUGUGUGUGGUCGGCGUCGUCUUGCAAUGGAGGUUCAAGAGGACAAGGAUGAGCGGGCACGGCGGCGGCGGCGACCCGCACCACGAGGACUUCCAGCUCAAGGACACGAACCCGCUGCUGGGCGAGCAAUGGCCCAAGGGCGCGGCGGGCCCCGCGGGCGGCGGCGGGCUCGCCGGGUGGCUGGGCGUGGACAAGCCGUCCAGCACCUACGACCUCGUGGAGCAGAUGUUCUUCCUCUACGUGCGCGUCGUCAAGGCCAAGGACCUGCCGCCCAACCCCAUCACCGGCGCGCCCAUGGACCCCUACGUCGAGGUCCGGCUCGGCAACUACAAGGGCACCACGCGGCACUUCGACCGGCGCGCCAACCCCGAGUGGGACCAGGUCUUCGCCUUCUCCAAGUCCCGCGUCCAGUCCAACGCCCUCGAGGUCUUCCUCAGGGACCGCGAGAUGCUCGGCCGCGACGACUACGUCGGCAAGGUCACCUUCGACGUCGCCGAGGUGCCCACGAGGGUGCCGCCCGACAGCCCGCUCGCGCCGCAGUGGUACCGCCUCGAGGACCGGCGCGGCGAGGGCGGCAAGGUGCGCGGCGAGCUCAUGCUGGCGGUCUGGAUCGGGACGCAGGCCGACGAGGCGUUCCCGGAGGCCUGGCACUCGGACGCCGCCGCCGUGCGCGGCGAGGGCGUCGCCAGCGUGCGGUCCAAGGCGUACGUGUCGCCCAAGCUCUGGUACCUCCGCGUCAACGUGAUCGAGGCGCAGGACGUGCAGCCGCAGCAGGCCCGCGGGGGCCGCGCGCCGGAGGUGUUCGUCAAGGCGCAGGUGGGGAACCAGAUCCUCAAGACCUCCGCCGUGCCGGCGCCGACGCUGAACCCGCGGUGGAACGAGGACCUGCUGUUCGUCGUCGCCGAGCCGUUCGAGGAGCAGCUGGUGCUCAUGGUGGAGGACCGGGUGGCCCCCGGCAACGACGACCUCCUCGGCCGCGUCGCGCUGCCGCUCAAGCUCUUCGAGAAGCGGCUGGACCACCGGCCGUUCGUGCAGUCGCGGUGGUUCGACCUCGAGAAGUUCGGCGUCGGCGCCGGCAUCGAGGGCGAGACGCGGCGGGAGCUCCGGUUCGCCAGCCGCGUGCACGUGCGUGCCUGCCUGGAGGGCGCCUACCACGUGAUGGACGAGUCCACCAUGUACAUCAGCGACACCCGCCCCACGGCGCGGCAGCUCUGGAAGCCGCCCGUCGGCGUGCUCGAGGUCGGCAUCCUCGGCGCCGCCGGGCUGCAGCCCAUGAAGACCCGCGACGGCCGCGGCGCCACCGACGCCUACUGCGUCGCCAAGUACGGCCAGAAGUGGGUGCGCACGCGCACCAUGAUCGGCACCUUCAACCCCACCUGGAACGAGCAGUACACCUGGGAGGUGUUCGACCCCUGCACCGUCAUCACCAUCGGCGUCUUCGACAACUGCCACCUCGGCAACAAUGGUGGCCAACAGCAGCCGGCGCGCGACGGCCGCAUCGGCAAGAUCCGCAUCCGGCUCUCCACGCUGGAGACCGACCGCGUGUACACCCACGCCUACCCCCUCAUCGCCCUCCACAAGUCGGGGGUGAAGAAGAUGGGCGAGCUCCGGCUCGCCGUGCGCUUCACCUGCCUCUCCCUCGUCAGCAUGCUCCACCUCUACACGCAGCCGCUGCUGCCCCGGAUGCACUACCUGCACCCGUUCACGGUGACGCAGCUCGACGCGCUCCGGUACCAGGCCAUGGGCAUCGUGGCGGCGCGGCUGGGCCGCGCGGAGCCGCCGCUCCGGCGCGAGGUGGUGGAGUACAUGCUCGACGUGGAGUCCCACAUGUGGAGCAUGCGGCGGAGCAAGGCCAACUUCUUCCGCGCCGUCUCCCUCUUCUCGGGGCUCGCCGCGGCGGCGCGGUGGUUCGGCGACGUGUGCCAGUGGAAGAACGUGGCGACGACGGCGCUGGUGCACGUGCUGCUGCUCAUCCUGGUGUGGUACCCGGAGCUGAUCCUCCCCACGGUGUUCCUCUACAUGUUCCUGAUCGGGCUGUGGGGCUACCGGCGGCGGCCGCGCCACCCGCCGCACAUGGACACGAAGCUGUCGUGGGCGGAGGCGGCGCACCCGGACGAGCUGGACGAGGAGAUGGACACGUUCCCGACGUCGCGGCCGCAGGACGUGGUGUACAUGCGGUACGACCGGCUGCGGAGCGUGGCGGGGCGGAUCCAGACGGUGGUCGGCGACAUGGCCACGCAGGGGGAGCGGCUGCAGUCGCUGCUCAGCUGGCGCGACCCGAGGGCGACCUGCCUCUUCGUCGUCUUCUGCCUCCUCGCCGCGGUGGUGCUCUACGUCACGCCGUUCCGGGUGGUGGCGCUCGUCGCCGGGCUCUACGUGCUCCGCCACCCCAGGUUCCGGAGCAGGCUGCCCGCCGUGCCCAGCAACUUCUUCCGCCGCCUGCCGUCGCGCGCCGACAGCAUGCUCUGAUGAGUCUCAAGGAUGCAUGACCCCAUCCAGUCCUCUCCCUCCUGCUCUGAAUCUCAAGCAUGCAUGCUCUGUUCGAUCGUCUUCAGUCAAGAAAGAAAAUGUUUCCUUCAUUCCGUUUGCUUUCCUUUUGAAUGAAUUUCUUUUUUCUAGUGUGCAAGGUGUUAAGUAAGUUUGGGCACCUUGAGAUUUGAAAAAGUUCAGGUGUAACUAUGUUCGUCUGAUGAAAAACUUGGGCGUGAUGCUAUGCUCCAAGUUCCUUGUUUUCCCAUCUCAUUGGGACAAAUCA